GCCUGCCUUUUUCUACUCCAGUUUCGCUGCUAAUUUCACGAUAACCCAGCAUUACAAUCCAGUUUCGCAGACAGCAGCAUGGCGGACACGAGCAUCGAGGAGCCCCUGGACCUGGUUCGGCUGAGCCUGGACGAGCGCAUUUACGUCAAACUCCGUGGCGACCGGGAAUUGCGUGGGCGGCUGCAUGCAUACGACCAGCACCUGAACAUGGUGCUGGGCGAGGUCGAGGAGACCAUCACAAUUGCCGAGGUCAGCGACGAGUCGGCGGCAUCGACAGUACGGACCGUCAACCGCAAGGUGCCCAUGCUGUUCGUCCGCGGCGACGGCGUCAUUCUGGUGUCGCCGCCCUCGCGCUCUUGAGGAAAAUUAUUUCGCAGCAGCCAAUAAAAAUUUUUGUACACUUUUUUCCAACGCGGUGUUGACCAAGGAAGAAAAAAGCUCAAGUCCCA